ACAGAGCGAUCAGUAGUAGAUCUAGGCUGGGCCAGGUCCCUUGUCAAUCACCACACAUCUAGUUUCAGUAGGACGGCCAGUUCACGUAUUGUGUAGUAGUGCUCGGCGACGGAUGAUGUCACAGGAUGUUUCCGUUGUAUGAUUAUAAUACGAUGAACUUGUUUCCAUGUUUCGGAGUUUUCUCUCAGUGCGAAAUAAUAUCGUGCACGCUCAUUCAAAGGAAAGCUGUUUCACGAAUACCUCGGCUCAGUCAGAGUCAGAGUGUCGGCUAGCUUUGCCCCGGAUUAUAACGAUGUAACGAUUUUAUUUCCUGCUCGGUCCUCGCGUUAUCAGGGACUGGAUUGACACCCGAUACGUGAUUCCUGUGUUUACUUUGUUCUCCAAUUGCCUCCAAUUUGACAGGAACGAGCGCAGUGGAAACUCCGCUAUUUAAAUGUCACGGAAAAUCCCAGAUAGACCAGUGAUGGCGGAGACUAGCAAGUCUCCAGACGGAAAUGAUGACCCUAACGAGCCGUUUUUUCCAAACUGCCGCAGUCAGCGAGUCCGAUCCAGGUCAACAGGAAACUGCAGCAGCACGGCGUUCUACCAGAAGCUACUGUUCUUUGAGCGGAGCAGGCAGGGAGAGAAUGCGGCUGCAGUACAGGCAAGUGACAACGAGUGUCGAACCCGGGCGCCACACCACCCCACCCGAGCUCCUUCCCCGCGGCCUGGGAGAAUUGCCGGUCCUGUUAUCGCGGGCAGGGGCGUUAAAUCUGCAGCUGCGCAUCAUCGUCAUGGGUCCAGUUCCUUUCCCUCGAAGAUUCCUUCAGCUUCGUCGGAGGUCAGGGGCCGACAUGUGGAUGAUUCAAGUAGAGCUAGUAAGCCUGCCGGUGAUGAAAGAAAGGGUGGUAGUCAUAAUAGCAAGAGUGCUGUCGUUGCUUCCCCAAUCGGAAAUGCUUCGAGUCAUUCUUUUGGUCGUGUACUGCCUGUCGAAGAUGCCAGCCCUCAAGUCCUUUAUGCCACCCGUCCCAGCUCGUCCAGUGCCGCUCCAUUCAGACGCCGGUUCGGCUCCGAUUCUUCCGAUUCCACGAGUUCGUUCUUACAGCUCGCCACACGGCGUCGUGAGCAACACAUUGAUGCUGUGUCCGACAUAGCAACGGAAUUACCUUCUUCUUUUAGGCCUCUCUUGUCUCCACCUUCUUCCCCUGUCGCCUCGUCGUUCAACUAUCCAGCGUCGUCAACAGUUCUCGUAGCACGCACUUUGACCCAUGCUUCAUCUUCAAUCUCCGCCCCGCCCCUUCCUGCCACGCCCCUUCCUACCACGCCUUCUUCAACGUCAGGAUCAACGUCAAAACGUGCUCCUGUCGCCAUUGUUUCUUCUUCAGCAACACACAUCUCGUCGCCCCCAUCCCGCACAACUACUCCCAAAGUCAUUGUUUCGGUGCCAUCAAAUUAUCCAGCAACAUUUAGCUCACAGAGCGGUAAACACCGUCCUUCACUUGUAGCACGCCAAAAUAAAAUUUCUCCUUCUGAUCCCGUAGAAACUUCUUCCUCCCCAGAACUGCGCCUGUCUCAGUGGCCGUCUUCGUUGCAAUCAAUUCCAAUACUCCCAUCUCUGCCUUUACCGAGAACACCCCCACCGUCACCAUCGCUGUCCCUGUCACCGUCACCAUCACCGUCACCGUUACCGUCGCCGUCACCGUCCGUCGCGGCGUCUUCAACGACGUCAUCAAAUCUCCACUGUGAUCUUUCCGCCCCAUCGUUCACAAACCAGCGUGCAAGACUUCCUCCUUCUUUUUCGUCGUCAGAUCAUGUCCACUCUCGUCAGUGUGACGUCACAGAGGGCAGCAGUCACAGAAGCAGACCUAGCGAGGUGGUCUUUCCUUGUUUUGAGUCGUCUGCCUCCUCCCCGGUGCAAUUUGAAUCUCUUCCUCAUAACAACAACAACAGCAGCAACAGCCACAGCAGCAGCAGCAACAAUAGCAUCAGCAACAACAGCAGCAGCAACAACAACAACGACAACGACGUCGUGCUCUGUGACCGCGAAGCUCCCAGCCAGCAGCACCAGUCUUCGUGGCGGCUCCGGGCGACCGAGUGUCACUCCGAGGGUUCUGGGGGCGAGCACUUCCUCAGCCGGAGCACCUCGCCGGGCUGCUUCUCGGACUGCGCCAGCUCCACCACCAACCCGGACUGGGACUCCCCGUCUCGUAGCUCUAGUGUGGCCGUGUGCCCGAGCCCCGUGUCAGAGCCGGCUGACCAUUCAUCCGCGGCGCCACUUACCAGCGAUUCGCUGCUCUUUGCCAAGAAAAGGUCGACGGCGAGUAUUAACCUGAGCAGCGUGUCGCAAAAGGAUAAGAAAUCUGGGAGGCAAGGGGGCCGAAAGAUCCACGUGAUCCGAUCUGCACGGUCGGUGCCUCAUUUACCUGCAGAUACCAAACCGAGACUUGACGAGUGGCUGAAGUCCGUGAUGAGGCUACAGCGAGAGCAGCAGUCGGCAGAGAGGGACUGGGCGUUUCCAGACGACAACGAACACGUCACAGGGCAGAGGUCAGAGGCCGGGUGUAGCACUUGUCCCCUGUCUUAUCCCAUGGAUGAUACCUCUGUUUCAUUUAAAAGCACGCAGUCGUCAACUUGCGAUGAUAAUGAUGACUUUAGACUGUCCAUUAAAUCCUCUCAAAGGCGCUGGUCAUCCAUGGGAAUAAACACAGACAUAAGUCUUCUCCGCUCCGAUUCAGAACAUGAAGAAAUGCAACACCAAUCUGACGCCUCAGUGGCUGGUUAUAAUGCGAAAAACGAUCGAGUUUUAGAAGCUGCAGUUUCGCAUUUGCCUCCGAGAUCGAGUGAUGUUUGUUGUCCUUACUGCUGCUCCUCCCACAAAGACCAGCUAUGCUCACAUCUGCACCUCAGCCGUGGUCAAGCUUCGAAUACCGAGUCAACUUCGCAAAUCACCGAAGUUCAUGCACAUGCAGCUAAGGCGGAUCGAGGAGACGAUGGAGCAAAGGAUGCUAUGCCGCAUUCAGGGAUUACAAUUUGCGUCACUGGAGAAGACGAGAAUAACGAGUCGUCGCCUCGUCCACCCUCAUGGUCAGAUGAAAGCAGUGGCGAUCUGACCGCAGGUUGCUCUCACCAGGACCCCGCUGUGGACACCCCGUCUCUUUCAUCAGCGGGACAUUCCGGCGACCUGGAUUUCCUUGCGGUCAGUCGUACACCGUCGUGGCGACAACAGGGUGGUGCAGGCUCUAGAACUCUCGGCCCGUUAGACGACCCACAGCAGAUUUUGUCCAAGCUCCCUUUAUCCCCGCGCAGUAGUAUCGGCAGCAUAAGCAGCGUCUUUUCCACAAAGUCCAGCAAUGCGGACUCAGCUGUUGACAUGGGGCCCCCGGAUGAUGACCACGAUCAUGACCUUGACUUUGUGGAGUUCCUGGCAAAACACCAACCUCGAUUUCCAUUACUCUAUACCCCUCCUCCCACAUCUGAAAAAACGUCAGAACAACAGCAGCAACAGCAACCGCAGCUGUUGAAGCAUCAGCAGCUGCGCCACCAUAAUGAUGUUUUUCUGCAUCACAAUAGCCAACAACAACAACAACAACAACAACAACAACAACAACAACAACAACAACAACAACAACAACAACAACGACUGCCAUCCCAACAAAAGCUUGUACGCUCUCAGAGGCUGCAAAAUUGGCGAAACGUAAGCAAUCUCGAUUCACUGUCACAUCUUCACCAGAAGAAGAUUCAAACAACAGACCUCGCUUUGUCCUCCCCGGUAAACCCGUCAGAUCCUUCAAACACAGCUAUUCAUAUGUCAACCUCUGACGUGCCAUGUCCACUCCAACCAAAACCUUCUGACAUUUCUCCCCAAGGGAAUCGCCCUUCAACACCUUUCCCUUUGGGUCGUGUAGGAAUACCGAAACCACCUUCUCUCCAUAUCUCGAGUCAUACACACGACAAUUGUCCACCCUCGGAUUUCGUCGUGCCCUCUGUACUUCAUAACCCUAAUAUAGCGGUCGACUCAUCUGAUCACAACCGCAGCCCACUUCUAUCUCAACAUCGGACCCCCCUCGGGUUCCAUGUGGGCGUCUCCAAGUCUGUUCCCACCUCUCCUACACACAGACAGCACGGGGAAACCGUCACUUCUAGCGCGUCACACAAAGUCUUCCAGCAUGGUUUCCCUGGCCGAGAAUACGAAAGCAACAACUCCCUGGACCUCAUCGGUGAACCCUUGAAAGCCCAGCGUUCAAGCAGGUCACUCACCUCACUAGACCAACUCUCUUCGUUGCCGUCCAGCCUUGAAAGGAGUUCCAUUCACAACUGGCAGACUUCGUUUUCAUCUUUUCGUACCAACUCUUCCAGCGAUGAACUCCCCUCCCACCCGACUGUUAUAUCUCUGGAGGCACUAGAGCCCUCCGACUUCAGACCUAUAGAUUCGUCGCGUCAGCUCAUAAUGAGUCCAAAGAUUCGGAAAUCCGAAUAUCAGACCUCAAAUGUCGAUAACGUGAACUCUCAAAAUUACCUUCAAAAUACCGACAGCCAGCACUACCAUGAUACAACUAUUGAAUCUUCCCAACAUCAUCAACACCAUUGUCAUUUCCUUCAACUUACUCAGCAGCAGCAGCAGGAACAGCAACAGCAGCAACAACAGCAACAGCAACGACAGUUGCUUUUGGACAUGAACGGAGACGGACAAGUGACCUCCCCCAUACCCGCCUUUACCGUCAGUGAUCACAGCGAACCGAUCAAUGAAUUCCUCCACCCUGAAUUCCGUGAUGUCCCGUCCCGCCCCGUCUUCCUAUUGGGCGACAGCGAUACCGAGUCCAUCGCUCCGACCUCGUCAGGCAGCAGUAGCCCCUCCUUCCGUAGCCUGUCUCCCCAAAGCCCCUUCAAUGGAAACCGUACUUCUGGAAGUCCCAAUUUCCUAGCACCUCAUCAGGACUUACGACGUACAAGCUCCGCCUCCUCCGUCUCUUCGGAAACGUCAACGUGUUCUACCUGCACCUUGUAUUCGGACACAGAUGGAGACAGACCUCCUCAGCGGAAAAAGGUUCAGAAAGACGACAUGGCCGACCUGAAAGGGUACGGGUGGAGAAGGGAGGCUUACAAUGGUUCUAGUUCUAGUGAGCAUUUCAAAUGUUCUGAGUAUUCCUGGUGUUUCUGGAUUGUGGACCGCUUUUGA